AUGAGAAAGUUAGUGAAUAUAAAUGGACAAUCGGCGAAAGCAUCAAUUAGAACUAGUUCAUGUGUGAACUUAAUAAAUAUAAAAUAUAUAGAAAAGAGAGGACUAACUUGGAGACGUUUGAACGAUGAAACAACCAUUGGUGAAACAAGUGAUGAAGUUGUUGGAUAUGUCUCUGGUAUUGAAAUUGUUGUGAAUGAUGUUAGUGUUGUCGAAAAGUUUUAUGUAAUCCGAGAAUUACCUUAUGAUAUAUUGCUUGGAAUGCCGUGGAUAGUGAAAGUUCAAUGUGGUUUUGCAUGGAAGGAUGGUAAAUAUUACUGUACUAUCGAAUCAGGUAGAAAAGCAACAUUCAGGAUUUCAGAAGAUUUUACGAUUGGUGAUGAUAUAAAUGAGGAUUAUGUGAUUAAUAAAGAAAGUAUGAUGAAGAAUGAUGAUCAAAGAGAAGACGAAUUCAUGGAUGUUAGAUGUGUUAAAAGCGAAUUGAUAGGAAAUGGUGAUGAUGGUGUCAGUUGUACAAAAAAGAAGAAGAGGAUCGUUAGCAUGAUGAAUAAAAAGGUGACAAAUCAAAUGAAAGAUUUGAAUUUCAAAAAUAUACUUAUGGACGAAUCCUGUGAUGAAGUAUCUUGUCACGAUAAACAUUGUGUUUAUGAUUGUAAAUCGGUGAUAGAAGCCGAAAAAGAUGAAAAGAACAUUGUAUCCGGAGGAUCUAGCUCAGAUUGUAGAGCUGAAACCGAUAAUAAAGUUGUGAAUGAUAAUGGCAGAGUUCUGAACAGCAACUGCUGUGGUCUUCUUGUGAAGCAAUGA